AUGGCGGUCUAUCAUCUAAACAACGAAUUUCUUCAAAGAAUUAAUAGGUAUCAGCCAUGUGAAACUGUCGUUUUAACAAUAAAUGAUGUGUCAAUCACAUUUAACAAAGCAUUUGCAAUCACAUUUUCACAAAAUUUCUAUUCAAAGUAUUUGUUAAAUAAUCUCAACAAUACAGUAAAUAUAAAUGUAGAAAUGGAAUCGCAGGAAACAUACGACGUAUUAGAACACAUUCUUCAUUACGAUGUUCCCGAGAUUGAAUGUAACCAAACAGUUUUAAAGGAUCUUUUCCAUAUUGGUACAUUACUUGGUAUGAGUGAAUUAAUGAACUUGUAUAUAAAUCAAAAUUUGGCUCAAGAACCAAUCGAUUCAGAUAAUUGCAUUCAAAUGCUUGAUUAUUAUCUCACAAUUCAAUCACCCGAAAAGAUUCAUGAAUGUAUUGAUGUAAUUUCAUUAUUUUUCUUCAAAAUUGAUGAACAGCAACUCAUUUCAAUUUCCAAAAAUCUUGGAUUUGAUAUUAUCCAACAGAUUCUUUCUAAUGAUAAACUUAUGAUCAAAGAUGAAGAUUCACUUGCUAGAUUUAUCGUUUCAUUAAAGCAGAAAGAUCCAGUUUUCUCUGCUUUGUUGAGUAUGAUUAAUGUUGAAUUUUGUAGUCAACAGAUUCUUGAAGAAAUCAGAGAAAAUGUUGAUGAAAUUAUAUCUCAAGAAGUUCUCAAAUCAUUUAGUGAUUCGAUUAUUAGAACAAGAAAUCACAACAAUCAGAACACUCAUCAAAAUGUCAAAGAUUUUUCAGCAAAAAUCGAAGAACUCAAAACAUCAAAUAAUUUUGAUGAAGUUUUCAAUUUAAUUGAUGAGCUUUCCAAAGAACAAUAUCAAAAUAAAUUAUAUGUGGCAUAUAAACAAGGACUCUGUGAUGUACGAACUGAAGAUGGAAAAUCCAUUCUUCAUGCUGCAUGCGAAAUCGGAAACCUUGGCAUUGUUAAGCCCUUAGUUGAAUUAGGAUACAACAAAGAAAUUAAAGAUAAUAAUGGAGAAACACCACUUAACUUUGCAUGCUGUAAAGGACAUCUUGAAGUUGUUAAAUAUUUAAUCUCUGCUAAAGCUGAUAUAAAUGGAGCAAAUAACAAACUUACAGCUCCUAUUCAUCAUGCUUCAUACAAUGGCCAUCUUGAGAUUGUGAAAUAUCUUAUCGAAAGUGGUAGUAACUUGGAAACAAAAGAUCAUUUCAGAUCGACUCCACUCAUAUAUGCUGCAAUGUCUGGAAGCAUUGAAGUCGUAAAAUAUCUAAUUUCUAUAGGAGCUGAUAAGGAUGCAAGAUCCCAAAAUGGUUUUACCCCACUCGCAUGGGCAAAUCAAAAUGGGCAUCAGGAUAUUGCAGAGUUUCUUAAAUCAAUUGGUGCAAUUUGA